CUAACGCGAUCACCAACCAGAGACGAGAACGGGAGUUGACACACAACCAAAGUCGUUUUGCCUACAGCCUGCUAGAUAUGCACACAACUGUUAACCUCGCCAUCAUAUAUGUCCCUGCUGUAUACUUGAUUCGACUUCUGGCGUGCUCCAACAUAUGUCGUUGCGCCUAAUAAUCAUAAUGCGACGCGCUUCUCUCCAACUCUAAAAGUUGACACUAGAAUCGCAACCGCCUCCCCGAGUUCACACUCCCCCAUUCUAGAACAUUGCCAGUAUGUCUGGCCGCUCCGAUGCGACUAUGCCGUCGACACGGCGACCGCGCAAGUCGACAGGUCAUUCACCUGUUCGCAAGAGGAUGGACAAAGAAAACAUCACAACGGACCUGGCGAGCUCUCUGGCUGGUAAUGCUGGCCGAAAGAAGUCGCGUAGCAAAAGCAUUGGACCUGGAGGCCUUGAUGUCCUGAAGUCAGGGUCUGGCAAUAGACGCGUGUCCUUGGCCGCACCCUCCAGACCCCCGCCUAGAUCAAUCCUCAAACCUACCAUGCCCCAACUACCAGAAAUUCCGCCACACAAAUCAAAGGUCCCUUCUCGAAAGUCCCUGCCCUCGGGCUCUGUUCAAGGUCUCGAGAAGCUUUCCAAUCCUUUCCAGAAUGACGACUCGUCUUCGUCAGGUACAAAGGUCGCGUUGCGCACCGAAGAAGAGCAACAGGCCGCUGCUAAGGAGCGCGAAGAACGAGAGAGAGCCCAGCUCGAAAAGGAGAUUAAGGAUCGACGCGAGGCGCGGCGGAAGUCUCUUGCUAACCGACGUGUAUCUUUUGCUGCCGAGGCUACUCUUCAUACUUUUCAUGACAUCGAGUACAUGCAGGAUUCCACCACUUCGACCGACUCUACAAGGACAGCUACGUCUAUGGCCGGACCGUCUAAUUCGGGUGAAGCGGCCAAGGACCCGCCGUCUACGCCCCCAGAAACGACUGAGGACUUUACCCCGGAUUUCCCAGAUGAUCAACGGAAGUUGCAUCAAAAGAAUCAACGCAGAAGCUCCGGGAUGUCUAUAGUCGACUACAAUAACAACCGGGAUGAUCUAACGGCAGCUUCUAGUAUUUAUACUUCUAGUAUCUAUAGCUCAGAUUCUGAAGCGACCGAAGGCGUCACUGAGGUGCACGAAGAAAUCGGAUCAGAUUCCGGUAGUGACUCGGACGUCGAUGGAGUAACUAUGGAACUUGAAGCUGAUGAAAUAACUGGCACAUCAGUAGCAUCUGCAAUGUCGGCUCGGUCAGUUUUCAUGGAUGGAGAUGACGACAGUCUUGAUGAUGCGCUUAGACUCGCUACACGGAGGGCGGAGACGCAGAAUAUCGAUGACGAAGAGGAGGUUAUCCCAUCUUUCGGGUGGGUUAAGAAGCCCGGACAACGGCCAGUAGGUCCGUCCCACGAGCAAGACAAUCCGCGGAAUGCGUCACGUGACGAUGAUGAAAGUACGGCACCCAUGGAUAUGGAAAUCACAAGGGCGGUGGGCGGUAUUAUAUCAUCUGGGGAUGAUGAUCUCCCAGAAGAAGAAAUGUCUAUGGAGGUCACCCGAGCCUUUGGUGGCAUACUUCCACCGCGGAGCGCAGCCAAAAUAGAGCAUGCAGGCGUCAAAGAAGAUAAGAUUGGCGGUAGCUUUGCAGAUACCAUGGAGAUGGAACUUAAUACUGCAAUUGGGGGCGUAAGAAAUGGUCUGCAGACUACGGAUCAGCCUGACGAAGACGAAGACGAAGAUCUAUCAAUGGAACUUACAACAGUGAUUGGUGGUGUUGUGUUAGCUGCCAACUCAAAUCUCGCGAAACGAAGGGUAUCGCUUGCUCGCCGUCGCACAUUGGCGAGAGAUGAUGAAACGACCAUGGAUAUGACUGUCGGGUUAGGCCGCAUCAUAUCAGCCGAUGAGGAAGAAGGAAUGGAUGUUACCAUGGGUAUGGAUAUGACCACUGCAGUCGGGAGAAUCAUUCAGGAAUCUUCUCCGGCAAGAAGUCAGGCUGAAGCUAGGCAGAUCAUGGAACAAGAAGUCAAUGUACCAGACGGAGAUGACGUCACGGAGCCGCCUUCAAAGGGCGUUUCACUCAGUAUGAAUGCUGCUAGAGAUAACUUAGAAGCUGAGAGUCCGGGUCUUCUUCCAUUCAGGGGCAAAGGAGUCCGCCGCAGUAUUGAUCAACGGGCUUCAGACAUCACCAGGGAGAAGUCUCCUAAACGCAAUGAGUUCGCUUUCAAGGCUACAAGUAUAGGCGCACCGGAAUCGCCUAGCACUCCUCAGUUCUCAAGCCCGGUUCAAACGCCAACAUCAGUGCUGUCACAGAGACGAUCUCUUUCCCCCGGAAAAACAGCACCACACCUGGUCAAUACGACACCAAAGUCAGCUACAAGACACGCUUUUAGGUCAUCAGUCUUCCAGCAAAACUCUGCUACCGGUGCUACGACCCCUCAAUUUAUUCUCACCCCUCAGAAACGUCAGCUAUCUGGGAUCGGAGCCGACCGCUCUGGGCUGGGAUCACCAAAAGUCACUGCUAUCCUCGACCGGCGAGGUUCUAUUGGCGAUACUGCCGGUCCAUUUGUGCAUCGGGAAAACUUCCGAGCAGUUAGUUUUACAUCGCCACAGGUUAUGGAGAGUGAAUUUGACUGGGAACGUCAACAAGAACAGGCCAAAGAGAGCAGUUACAACUCUCUUAAUGAGGACGCUCAAGGAGAUGACGAUAACGGUACGGCGACCCUAAAGGAUAUGAUAUCAAGCAUGACUCCCAAGAAGAACCCCCUGAAAGGCCGGAAGAGUUUGCACAUUGGUAGCGCUAGUGGGCUUCUUGGAAAAAGACCUGCUGAACUUGACGAGGAUGACGACGAUUAUGAUCGAGAUGGGGUUAAACGGCUUAAGAAUCAUCAAAGCAGUCCUGUCAAAAACAUUCGAUUACGCGCACCACCCUCGAAAGAGGAAACUACAGGUCGGGCUAUUCGAGCUACUGAAACAACAUCUGAUUAUGGGAAUAGCAGUGUCGCUGCGCCUACGUUGGCACGCUCACCUAAUAAGGGUCUCAAUUUAGCAUCCUCUCCUCAGCAUAACGACCGUCUCCAAGGUGUGCCAGCUGACCAACCCACCAACACAUUUACUUUCCACGAACUCGCCCCAUUGCCAGCCAUUGAAGGCGGGGAUGAUGACGGAGAGCAUAUCCAUCUUCAAGACUUCUUAAACAUGACUAGCAUCCGUUUUAUGGAAUUGACUACUACGAAACGGAGACACACCCAAGCGCCUAGCAUGCAGAAGGGCAACCUUCGAAGGGAAGAGGAUCUUUCGCUGGAGCGGUGUAUUAUAGCUGGUGCCUGCACUGUCCCAAUGCUCGAGCUUUACCAACACUCCUGUCGUGAGCUGAAGAAAUACAUAUCAGAAGGCCGAAGAAUUGUGCGAGAAAUCGAGACUGAGACAUUUGAGGAAAACCCACCCCUCUUCAAAGAGUAUAUCACAGCAACGCCCGAAUUCAAGACCUUGAUGGACAAUCAGUUCAAAAACGUGAAAACUCACGCGCGUUUACUGAGCAAGGCUAUGUGGUACGAGUGGCGAAUGAAACUUCAGGAUGGAUUGAAGGAAGGCCUCGAGAAAAUCUCCGAGGGUAUGGCGGCGGAUGAGGAGCUCUUGCAACAGCAACAGGCACUCUUACACGCCGUCCUUCCCCAGCUUAUUCAGCAGUCUGAAUCUUUAACGACGGAACAUGAAGACCUUAAGGCUGUAGCACGAGAACUUGCGGACUGCGACCCGGAAGAUCUGCAAUCUGCGCGCGCAGAACUUACGAACGUUGAUUCGGAGAUUGAGAUGAAACAGCGGAAAAUAGAAGAAUUACGAAGGCAGCUGGUCGAGACCGAAUCAGAUGUGGACAAGAUGACGCGAAAAAAGCAAACCUACGCCGCUGAUAUUGGGGAGGCCGAAAAGGAACGGGAAGAAUGCAGAGGAUGGACAUCUAAUGAAGUUAACGCUCUCAAAGCCAAAGUUGAUGAGCUGGAGAGACGGCAUGGCUGGGCUAUUACGGGUCUUGCCGGCAGUACCAUCUCGAUGACAUACGAACGGGAGCUUGAGCUCGUGUUCGAUGUAUCAGCAUUCUACGGGGACGACUCUUCGAAUUCCCGGAUUAGCCUUGAGUACAAGCCCGCCAACCGAGACGGCGACCCGGGUGCUGUAUCGUUCGAGAAGGGAUUCUUCAUGCGAUGCAUUCAGAAUCACCUGCGUGGGCUUGACCAAUCACAGACCAAAGUCCCUACCAUGCUGAGCCUGGUUAGUGCCGCGUGGAAGAAGGCCAAUCGGGUUGCGGCAAAUGUGCGGCUCUUGAACUGCACCUUUCCCACCAACAUCACUCCAACCUCUGACUCGUCCAUUGCAAUUCGCUCGACGCUUCUGCUUGCUUCCUUGGAGACAAAAGUUGAGGUAAUACUCGAAUUGCAUGGGCAGCACGGUCGGGAUGGCCUGCAGGUAUCAAUUGUUCCCCAAGCGCGUGUUGUCUACGGCGAGAACUUCAAAACCGACAAGGUUGCCGAGUACCUUGCCACUCGAAUUGGGACUUCGGUGGAUGCUAAUGGAGAACAAGGCGAAGCCGAGUCUUGGAGUGAUGUUAUCGUCGAAUUACAUGAGAGAUUGUUGGCUCGGGGGCGGAAGUAAAUCACGUUUUAUUUGAUAUUGUUGUUGCUCCUCUAAUGAACGAUUAUGAGUUACGAAUUUCGUGGGACUUGAUUAGCGACUGAGUAUUCGGUAGUAUCGGGUGUAUUACUAGGCUGCAUGUCUAUGGAUUGGCAUAUAGUAUUUAAUGAAGCUAAUGUGCUGACGAGCUGAAUAUGAUGUC